GAGGUCUCGACCAGUUGGUUCUGAACCACGUUGGCGGAACCUCAUUUGGUCCCUUCAAAGGAUCAAUGGAGUCGGUGAUCACGUCCAUGAAUCUGAACUUCUUCAGCUACGUCCAGUUAACCAUCUCUGCCAUGGACCUAUUGCUGGAAUCUAAGGGGAACAUCGUGGUUGUCUCCUCCAUGGCUGGGCGUCUUCCGUGUCCUUUCAGCAUCCCCUACUCAGCAGCCAAGUUUGCCGUGGAAGGAUUCUUCACCUCGCUGCGCACCGAGUUGUACCUGCGGAAGAUAGAGCUGCCCAUCACUGUGGCUGUGCUGGGCUACAUUGACACUGAAACGGCCCUGAAGUCUGUGGGCAACAAAAUCACCCAGAGGCCCAGUCCCAAAGAAGAGUGUGCCCAGCGGAUUGUGAGGGGCGGAGUGUUGCGUUACCGCGAGGUCUUCUAUCCUUUUUGGGCCGUGAAGCCCGUCCUGAUCUACCUAGAGCUGCUGCCAAACCUGAUAGAUCAAGUCAUCGGCUAUGGCUACAGGCUGGAGAACAUCCUCUAA